UGACGCCAUUUCCCGGAUGUGAAACUAUCGCAACACGGAAGAGUAGGAAAGAAAACAAAUAAUCGUUUAAAUUUGUUGAAGUCGGAGAAGACGCCCCGAAACACCUUUUACCCUCUGGAUUAAAACCUUCCAAACGACCAGCCUGCGACACGAUGGAGUUUCUGUUUGGGAGGAGAAAGACCCCAGAGGAGAUGCUGAGGCAGAAUCAGAGAGCGCUCAACCGAGCCAUGAGAGAACUGGACCGAGAGCGAAUGAAACUGGAGCAACAGGAGAAGAAGAUCAUUGCUGACAUAAAGAAAAUGGCCAAACAGGGACAAAUGGACGCUGUCAAGAUCAUGGCCAAGGAUUUGGUUCGCACAAGGCGCUACGUCAAGAAGUUCAUCAUGAUGAAAGCAAACAUCCAGGCUGUCAGUCUAAAGAUACAGACGCUCAAGUCCAACAACAGCAUGGCACAGGCCAUGAAAGGAGUCACCAAAGCCAUGGCCACCAUGAACAGACAGCUGAAACUGCCUCAGAUUCAGAAGAUCAUGAUGGAGUUUGAACGACAGAGCGAAAUCAUGGACAUGAAAGAGGAGAUGAUGAACGAUGCCAUUGACGAUGCCAUGGGUGAUGAGGAUGAUGAGGAGGAGAGUGACGCCAUCGUGUCCCAAGUGCUGGAUGAGCUGGGUCUCAAUCUGUCCGAUGAACUGUCAAAUCUUCCAACCCCCGGAGGAAACCUGUCGGUGGCUGGAGGAAAGAAGGCCGAGCCCCAGGCCGCCCUGGCUGAUGCAGACGCUGACCUGGAGGAGCGGCUGAACAACCUCCGGAGAGACUGAACACACAGUAACUGACAGUUUGUCAAUACAGAUACAAACAUACUCCAGUCUCUGUGUGUAGAUUCUUUUGAAGGUGUAACUGGUAGAACACUGGCUGUUUCAGCACACGGCCUGUGUUAUAAAGGUGUAUGGCCUUCUGUUUGAGGUGUUUUCAUUUUAUGAGUGUAUCAUGUAUUUUAUCCAAAAAAAAAAAAAAAAAAACCCUGCAAGGGUCAUUAUCCUCCAUAGGUCUAGAAAGCUCAUGUCUCAUUUAAGACAUUGCCAAAUGACACAAAUUCUGAGAGUGAAGAUUGAUUUCACAGUCUGUGUAAAUACUAACUCCUCAAGGCAUGAUGUUUUCACCAUUUAAAUUAACACUAAUUACAAAAUGUUCAAACGAACCCAAAUGAAAGUUGGUAACGUUACAGAGGUGGAUAUUUUAUAUGAGUGACAUAGAAAUUCAGCAUUUUUUGUACAUCAGGCUGGUUCGGUGUUCUUUGUACUAUCAUCAUAUAUAAAAUAUACUGGUUUAGCCCUGAUACAAGAUUUUUAUUAUGUUUAUUUGUGGGAGUUGGCAGACAUCAGCUGAAGAUGGUGUACAGAAAGUAUAUUAUCUCAACAUCUUUUCUGUCUAAAUUCACUAAUAGAACGGUUUAAUUUACAAAUAUAUAUAAAGGAUAAGAGAAAAACAGUGGUUGAGCUGACUCUGCCCCAGUGGAAAGGCACUCAUCUGCACUGCCUGCAAGAUUUUCACCAAAAUGUUAAUAAGGAGUCAGUCGUGUUUAUUUUUGAGAAAUUGUCCUGUUUUUUUUUUUUUUUUUUGUUCUUUGCUUUUUCUUUAUUCAAUAAACAUUUUUUCCAGA